AUGACAGUGCGUGGAAAGUCAGCGGGCGAUUCAAUUCAAGGAAAAGUGGACAGAGAUAUUCUUUUCAAAGUUCUGUUACAAAAACCAACUACAAAAGGUCGUCGAGAUUUAGUGCAUUCGGCUAGUAGCUCAUUCCCCAGCCAAAUUUCGAGGAAAUUACUUUUGGAAGAACACAAACUCAAUGUACGGCUAGAAAAAAUUGAAAAAGAACGAAAACUGUUUCUGAAUAGGAAUAGUAACGAGAAACAUAUGUUGCAAUUGUCCAUGCGAACUGGCAAAAUAUCGGAGAAUAGACGAGGUAGCGGGCAGUGUUUGGUAUUGAAUGAUAAUGCGAAAUGUCACUCUUCAUCACCAGAUCAUGGCAACUUAAAAGAAGGUUGGUUGUUUUGAAUCGCUAUGUUUCAAUGUAUGCACACGAGAGGGUAUAUAUUAUUUUAGCAUAAAUGUAGAAUAGGCAGUAACUUACACCAGGCAAACGUUACACUAAAUAUCUCUACGAACUGUGUUCUGCAACCAGCAAUAGACAACUUGCAUGUUAGACUAAUUUUUGAUAUAGGCAAAAAAAAAAGUAAAUUCCCGUAAAAGAACUUAUUAAAAUCAGUAAAAUUGCAAAAUGUGGUUACGAAAUGUUGUAAAAUACGGAAAAUAUAGCCUUGCGAAGUUUGCAUAUUUUGUAUAUGUUUGGAUUACGUGCGGAAAUUGAUACCAUUUUUGAGCCGAAAAGGUAACAAUUUCCGCACGCAUGUUACAAACAUAAACAAGGCUAUAUUUUUGCAAGGCUAUAUUUUCCAAGCUUUAUAUAAUUUCGCAACUAAAUUUUGCAAUUUCACUAAUUUCAUUAUGUUCUUUUUAGCUGUGGUGUUUGAUUCCCUUCUCUUUACUUAGAUUAAAAUUUAGUCUAACAUGCAAGUUGUCCACGGAGGCAAAUUUCAAACGACCUACCGUAUUCUCUGAUUUUGUGAUUUACAGCAUCGCGUAGUAUAAUUUACUGUUUAUACUGCAGAAGCCAUAUUUCAACGGGUUAUGCAUCGAUAGCAUGCAAAUUAGCAACUACCAGUUUGUAAUUUUCAGUCAUUUUGUAUUACGCACAGAAGUGGUAACCAUUUCCCGUGUGUAAUCUAAAAUGAUUGAAAAUUGCAAACUUCGCAAGGCUAUAUUAUCCGCAUUUUACAACAUUUUGCAACGAAACUUUGGAAUAUUACUAAUUUUGUGAUGCUCUUUCAUGCUAUGAUGGAAUUUUGUCUAGACUUGUUGAGAUCAAGAUUUUGGUUAAUUGGGGAAUGGUCCAUUGACUCAGUGUUAAACACCGAGUGAGUUCCCUCCUUCAAAACUUAGAAUUAUCUGUGCAAAAUUCCUACUGUGACCACAGAAACUUUGAUAGUGUAAAACAGACUUUAAAUAUCGUUUAAUAAAAAAAAAAUAAAUAUCGUUUUCCAAAGGCAAUGGAAUGAUGAGAAAAUCCUGGACCUCAACGACCAACGGUGUAUUUUAUCAGAGUGGUGCCAAGAGCGUUCGACAAUUACAGGUAAAGAAAGUUUGCCUUUUGAAGAAGAUGGCCGAAAGACAUCGCAGGACGAACUCACUACCAUGGAAACGUAACUUCGACACGCCACAGGGACCUCCACCUUCGCGCAGCCCUUCGAAAACGAACAUUAUUUGGGUACGUGUUCGAAACAGCUCGGGCGAGAUGGAAAUCGAUGGAUUUUUGAGAACCAAUAAGGAUUUUGAGGGGUUGUUACCGGAAGGUAUUAAAGAUAAUAUAGUUCCAACAAAACUCGAGGUCAGACUACCCGGAGAGCAAGACAUGGCACAUAAAGAUGCCUUAGUACGUAAGGAUAAGAAUACUUUAAAGAUUGAUGAUUUAAAAUUGAACACGGAUACAAAUACAGUGUUGGAAAAACCCUAUGAGGAGAACUAUAGUGUACUGGAGAAUGUAGACACUGAUUUUGCGCAAAAUCUUAAACAGAGCAUGAUAGAGAAAGAAUCUCUACGCACCAACCAAGAGGCUAGACAAGCUUCAUCUCUACAUACUGAAGUGCUCAUAGACCAGCUAGCACCUAUGGUCAAAGGUUUAAAAGUCUCGCCAAAUGAGAUUCGCCGUGGCAGUCCAGUGAAACAAAAAUCAGAGGAACUAAUGCAGACUGAAGUAUACGAGAUUAGCAAAUAUUCACGAACAGGGAAUGACCGAGCAUUUACAGAUGAGAAAAGUUAUGUAUUGAAAGAUAAAGUAAAGACUGCUAUCCCUUGCCCGGAGAGCGAAAGUGAUGCGAAGAGCGGUCGGACGGAUUCCAGGAGCGAUCGGAAAAACAUCGCAGGGAACUCACUGAAUAUCGAGAGUGAUCGGUCAAAUGUAAAAAGUGGUCAGCAAAAGAUCGGAAGUGAUCGGAAGAAGACCAAAUGUUCUCGGCAAAAGAUCGGAAGAGCUCGGUCAAAUACCGGAAGUGAUCGGUCUAAUAUCGGAAACGAUCGGAAACGUAUCGGAAGUAGUCGGAAAAGCAUGGAAAAGAUCGUUCGGAAAAAUAUCGGGAAUGAUCGGGAAAACAUCGGGAAUGAUCGAGAAAACAUCGGAAAGGAUAAGAAAGAUAUCAACAGUGAACGGAAAACGCCGAGUGGUGGGGAGAACGCGAAUGAGGGCAAAACCAACCGACGACAUGCAAAAAAUUCGCAAGGGUCCGGGAAAAGUUCCUCAACGAAGAUAAGUAAAGGUAAAAGUGUUCAAAAGUUUGUACGAACCAAACCAAACGUCCAGGGAAUGUGUGUUGUCGCAAAAACGUUUAUUAUAACUACCAAAUCGAAGGGCAAAACUGGACGGAAAACGCAGGAAAACGAGAAAGGUUUGAGCAAACCUCGGUCAGCGACGCGUCUUAAUGACAAGAAAUCCGCAACGAAACUUCCGAAGAAAAGCUGCUCGGCAUGUGCCGUGAAGACGUCGCUCAAAGACAGCAGCCUUCGCGUUGCCACGAGAGAUAUCCGAAGUAAAUCCGACACCGCUGCUUGCAGUAAGGUGCGCGCGGCAUUACAGGAGAGGGGAAGCGGGGUGUCUAGUCCUGAGAAAAAAUCUCAAUCAGCUGUGCCAAUAAUGAUACCUUCUCAGACGCAGUUGCAAAACUUUGACAAGGUUGCGAAAAUUAAAUUACGCCAGACACUGGCGGUUAAAAUGCGAAAACAUUGCUAUACUGGCACAUGGGCGUUUCCGUCUGGACAGAUACGAGAAAGCGAGAUAGAAGAAAAAGAAUUAAAUAAACGAGAGACAAUCUGGGGAAGAGAGAUAAGCACUUCUUAA